AUGGCACCUCACGCAAAUGACCCAAGUGGCCUGGCUACUGGUCUGUCCGCAACCCAGCUGACUACCGCCCAAGACUCAGCCUUCGUUGUUGACAGCCCCAACGUGGCCUACAGCGAUGCCGAGAUCCUCAGCAAGUACAACUACCGCACAACUCAGAUCAAGCGUGUCGACGACAAGGUCGUUGCACAGCCAAAGUCGUCAGUCUACGACUUCAAGACCCAGCGCAAUGUCGGCAAAGUCGGCGUCAUGCUUGUUGGUCUUGGUGGCAACAACGGAACUACCGUCACCGCUGGUAUCCUCGCCAACCGCCGCAAGUUGCAGUGGGAGACUCGCGAGGGCCCUCGUGCUGCCAACUACUACGGCUCCGUCGUCAUGAGCUCGACGGUCAAGUUGGGCACUGACAGCGAGACUGGUAACGAUGUCAACAUCCCACUCCAAAGCAUGCUUCCCAUGGUGCAUCCCGACGACCUCGUCAUUGGCGGAUGGGACAUCAGCGGUAUGGAUUUGGCUGCUGCCAUGGACCGUGCUCAGGUGCUUGAGCCUACCUUGAAGUCGCUCGUCAAGAAGGAGAUGGCUGCCAUCAAGCCACUGCCCAGCAUCUAUUACCCAGACUUCAUCGCGGCCAACCAGGGUGACCGUGCGGACAACAUCAUCCCUGGGUCCAAGGCAUGCCCAGAGCACGUCGAGCACAUUCGCAAAGACAUCCGCGACUUCAAAGCCGCCCACGGUCUCGACAAGGUCAUCGUGCUCUGGACUGCCAACACCGAGCGUUACGCCGACAUCAUCCCUGGCGUCAACGACACCGCCAAGAACCUCAUGGACUCGAUCAACGCCGGCCACGAAGAGGUCUCGCCCUCGACCGUCUUCGCCGUCGCGAGUAUCCUCGAGAACGCUCCCUUCAUCAACGGCUCGCCACAAAACACCUUCGUCCCAGGCUGCAUCGAGUUCGCCGAGCAACACAAAGCCUUCGUCGGCGGUGACGACUUCAAGUCCGGCCAGACCAAGAUGAAGUCGGCGCUCGUUGACUUCCUCAUCAACGCCGGCAUCAAGCUCACCUCCAUCGCCAGCUACAACCACCUGGGCAACAACGACGGCAAGAACCUGUCGUCGCAGAAGCAGUUCCGCUCCAAGGAAAUCAGCAAAUCCAACGUCGUCGACGACAUGGUCGCCGCCAACAAUGUUCUCUACGAGAAGGACGAACACCCAGACCACACCGUCGUCAUCAAGUACAUGCCCGCCGUCGGCGACAACAAGCGUGCUCUUGACGAGUACUACGCCGAGAUCUUCCUCGGUGGCCACCAGACCAUCAGCAUCUUCAACGUCUGCGAGGACUCGUUGCUUGCAUCGCCUCUCAUCAUCGACUUGGUGCUUGUGGCUGAGCUUAUGACUCGUAUCCAAUGGCGACACGAUGGCGAACAGGAGUACAAGAGCUUCCACAGUGUCUUGAGCGUCCUCAGCUACAUGCUCAAGGCGCCGAUGACGCCUCCUGGUACGCCUGUUGUCAAUGCUCUUGGCAAGCAGCGCAGUGCGCUUGUCAACAUCCUGCGUGCGUGUGUUGGUCUUGAGCCAGAGAAUGAUAUGACGCUGGAGCACAAGCUCUUCUAA